CGUCCUUGUGCACGAGAGAAAGAAAAGAAAACUCAUGAACAAGCUCUCGGCUGUGGGCUCCGGGGCGGGACCUGAAUCUGCGGCCAAGCUGAGUCAAAAGGAACUGGGACCCUGGUGGAGAAUCAGCUCCCGGUGCAAGGCUGCCUCCAAAAGCGCGAACCCCAUCCCGAGCUGCAUAAACAGGGCAAUCUCCCGUCGGAGCAGAGAGGGUAUUUCCCCUCUGUGUCUGGCCCUGGCGCGACCGCGGCUGGGACCCUGUGUCCAGUUCGGGUGCCCACCAGUCAGGAAGGAGGUGGAUUGAUGGGAGAGGGGUCAGAGAAGAGCCCCAAGAAUGAUCAAAGGGUUAGAAAACCUGCCGCAUGCUGAGAGACUCACUCGGCUCGGGCUAUUGAGCUGAGCAAAGGGAGGCUCGGGGUGGCUUGGGCACUGUCGUUGCACCGCGUCCCUUGGGCCCGUGCUGGGGGCAGCUGGGGCCGCGUGAUGUGACGGCCUUGGCCGGGAGCCCGGAGCCAUGCCCAGCCCGGAGAGAAAGGAGCUGGCGGAGGCUGUUCUCCGCCACCUGCGGACCGCCGGCGUGAGGCUCAAGCACUGGAAACCCACCCUGAGCGACUCGCCCUGCCAGGAGAAACCUCCCCUGGCGUCGCCCGCCGGCCCGUUCGGGACCCCGCUGCACGCGCUGCCCCUCUCGGAGAACGUGGCGGGAGUACCGCGGUUCCUGGUGCAGAUCUGUGAGGCCCUGCGCCCGCAUCUGCACACAGAGGGGCUCUUCCGGAAAUCCGGCUCCAUGACCCGCAUCAAGGCCUUGAAGGCCCAGCUGGAGGCCGGGGAGAGCUGCCUGGACGCGGCCGCCCCCUGCGACCUGGCCGCGCUGCUCAAGCAAUUCCUGCGGCACCUGCCCGAGCCCCUCAUCCCGGCCGAGCUGCAGGAGCCCUUGUGCCGCGCCCAGCAGCACCCAGCCGAGGGCGAGCGGGGCCCCCUCACCCUGCUGCUGAGCUGCCUGCUGCCCCGUCACAGCGCCCGCGCCCUCCGCUACUUCUGCACCUUCCUGCGGGACGUGGCAGCCAGGUGCCAGGAGAACAAGAUGGACGAGGCCAACCUGGCCGUGAUCUUCGCCCCCAACCUCUUCCCCAGCUGCGUGCUGAGCGAUGCGCCGGGCGCCGAGCGACGGCUACCACUCCAGGCGGGUGCCGUGCAGGCCCUGAUCAGCCACGCGCCCCACAUCGGCAGAGUCCCCCAGUUCCUCCUGGACAAACUCCCAGCUCCUGCCCCUGAGCUGGACAGUGGCCGCCAGAGCCAGGCGGGGCCCAGGGAUGCCGGAGAUGGGCUGGCAGAGCGGCACCAGAGGCUUCGUCGGAGGAGCGUUGGUGAGAUUGUGAACGGGGCCCUGACCAAACUCCGAGUGGGGCGCGGUGCCGGGGGGCCUCUGGCCCAGGAGCCAAGAGUGGACUCCCCGAGUGUCUCCAGCCUGGUGCCCCGGACCCUCCCCUUCGGCGCCAAGCGCAAGGCCUUGGAGGAGCUGGCCCAGGAGGCCCAUCUGGGCACCAAGAAGCGGAGACCCACCGUGGGGCCGGCUGGCUCGGAGCUGUCCACGGACGAGGCUGGGGACCCCUUCGAUCAGCCCCCAGAUGAUGCUCCCGCCAGCCCCCCUGAGGUCUUCGCCAACAGCCCCCCAGAGUUGCCCACUGCUGCGGAGACUCUGCCCCCCAGCGCCGGCCUGCACCGAAGGAAGAGCAGCUGCAAGAGGCGUCCUCAGAGGAAGCUCUCCGGCCGAUCCACCUGUGGCUCCCCAGCUCCCUUCGAGCGGCAGGAUGCGGGGCGCAAAUCCUUGCGCAUCUUCGCCCGCAGCGGGAAGGAGCAGCCUCCCCCGGGCCCCGCCAAGUGGAACGCCAAGGCCCCUGAGCCCAGCAGCUGGCACCUGAUGAAGCGGAUGGUGGCAGACGCCCUGGAGGGGCACCGAGCCCCGCAGGGCUGGGUCCCGCUGCCCUUGUCCAGGCCCACAGAGCCGGAUGAUGGGACACCUGCUGUCGAAGGCCCCGCUGCCGGGCAGAGCAAGCGAGACCCCGGGCCCUGCGCGGGAUCCGCAGACGCCAGCAAGAAGCCGUGCGCCACGGAGCUGGACCUGGAGGCCUGGUUCGGAAGCCGCACUGGGGCCCCCCCCAGGCAGCAGCGGGCCCUGCGCAGGUCCCUGAGCUGGCCUGAGGGCCUGUCGGGGGCGGAGGGCAGAGUCGACGGCCUCCCAGGAGCAGCCAGGUCGGGAAGCUCCCCAUCCCACCCUGGAGGAGGUGAGAGGGAGCCGCUGGAUGGCACCCCAGGGAGCCGACCUGGUCCGGAGCCGCUGGGCACCCCCAUGCUGUGCGUCACGCUCUCCCCCGGCAGUGCUGUGCCUGGCUGCCUGGGGGCCGGGGAGGGUGGCCCGGAGCCAGAGAGGGAACGGCCGGCUCCUGGCUCUCUUUCCCAGCAUCUUCCCGGCCCCGACGGUGCCCCCAAGCGCCAUGUGAAGCGACUGACCCUGGCCUUCCCGCGCUCCACCGCCCAGCCCGCCGGAGCCGGCACCCCCAAACGGGCAGCCCGGGGCCGGCGCUUCAGGCGCUCGCUCAGCCACGAGAGCGCCCUGCCCACUGGGGCCCAGGCCAAGGCCUCGGGGCGGGGCGACCCCGGCCUGCAGCCCCCCAAGAGUCCACUGAGCUACUUCCGGGCCUGUGGGCGGCAGAUCUUCGUCAGCCACAAGCACCUCACCCUGGCCUUCGUGGGACUGCGGGGCCGGAGGGAGCCGGGCACUGCCGUGCCCAAUGCCAGCCCCCGGGACAUGGCACCCACCCCCCGCCGGCCCCUCCUGUGACCCCCAGCUCCAGCAGCUGCUGGGGGCCAAUCGGCGUCACUCCCCAAAAUCCCCACUGCCGGGUACUAAACUCACCGCCAGCCAGGACUUCCUGGAUCUGUGAAGGAUGUGCUGCAUUCCCCUGCCUUCUGGGGGGCAAACUGGGCCUCGAAGUUUGGAAUCCCCUGGGCUGCGGCUGAGCCCUCCCCUUGCCCUCUGGACCUCUGUGUGACCCAAACCGGCUGGGGCACCCUGGCUGCCUCGCCCUAGCAGCCACGUCCUCUCCGGGUCCCGGCGGGCACGCUGUGUGAGAACUAUGAAUUCUUUGUGCAUUUCAGCCCCCGGCUGGCAAUUCCCGAGCCGCUCUGUGCCCUCGCCCGCUGGCCUCUGGGAACCUGGCUCGUCCUGGGCUCAAAUUCCGAGGCCGAUUUCUCCGCCGGGGUUUUUUCCCCUGUUAUCGCCUGGUACCAGCUCCUCGCGCCUGGGUUUCUGCUGCUGGCUCUUUCGUGCCUUGGGCUGCGGUUUCUGCGUUUCGCUGUGGGGUGGAGGAGGGCAGGGGGGUGAGAGAGCACUGCUUGCUUCUGGAGACAGACCAUGAAGUGUAGGGACUGGGGUCUUUUCCUGAGCCGGGGGCGUGCGGGGUCUCCCCUCGGAGUUGCACUCAAUCCUUCCGAAAGCAAGAAGGCCCACGGGGUCAAAGUUUCUUUCCUUUCAAAUGUUUAAAUUUUUCCAGAAUAAAAAGGUUUUUUUAAAACUUUUU